GACGAGCCGCUUCCAAUUGCGAGGCAGAGAGCACAUGACAUAAGAUGCUCCAGAUCUGCCUCGUGGGCGCUAGUUUAAAAAUAAAGGAUAUUACACGUUGCUGCUCGUCCGGAGAGGCUGCGGGAGGAGAAGCUGCACAAAGGCGAGGCGAUGCGUUGGACAAUGCUGUGUGAAUCAGAUGCACAUAUGGCACUUACAGAACCUGUCCACACAGCUUAUCUUAAUUUGGAUGCUCAAGGAAAUUGCAAGGUGUCAUUGGAUGAUGCACUGGUCAGCUCUUCAGCUAGAGCUGUUGAGGUCUACAACACUGAGACAGUUGAAGAUACUAAGACAGAGGGAUCUCAGAUGAACAAGCUUGGUUUCAAAUCCUCUUCACCUCCUCCCUCCAGUGUGUGGACAACACAACGAGAUGGAGAAGUCAGACUGAGGAUGGAUGAGCAGGGCAUAGGCAGUGAGGCUCCAAAGACUGUUCAUGAUCUAUUCCAGGAAGCUACUAGCAAAUAUGGUGACUAUUUUGCUCUUGCAUCUAAGAAAGGCGGCCAGUGGAUAAAGCUAACUUACAAGAUGUACUAUGAUGAGUGCUAUAAAGCAGCCAAAAGCUUUCUGAAGCUGGGACUAGAGCGUUUCCAUGGAGUGUGCCUCUUGGGAUUUAAUUCUCCAGAGUGGUUUAUUGCUGACAUUGGAGCUAUCCUUGCAGGUGGUCUUGCCGUUGGUAUCUACACUACAAACUCUCCUGAGGCCUGUCAUUAUGUAGCAGAGAACAGCAGUGCUAACGUUGUGGUUGUGGAAAACCAUAAACAGCUGCAGAAAAUCUUAGAAGUUCAGCAUAAACUACCUCAUUUGAAAGCUAUUGUCCAAUAUGGGGAAGAGCUAAAAGAGAAGAGACCGAAUCUGUAUUCUUGGAGAGAGUUCAUGGACCUUGGCAAAGAUGUUCCAGACACUCAGCUCCGUGAAAUCAUUGACUCACAGAAACCUAACCAGUGCUGUACGCUAAUAUAUACCUCAGGGACAACUGGACAGCCAAAGGGAGUAAUGCUCAGUCAUGACAAUUUGACAUGGACAUCAUUAGCAGCAGGACGUUCCAUAACGCUGGCAGAAGCUACAGAAAAGCAAGAACUGGUGGUCAGCUAUCUGCCUCUCAGUCAUGUUGCUGCGCAGAUGACAGAUAUUUGGUUAUCAAUUACAUUUGGAGCACAAGUUUUCUUUGCUCAGCCAGAUGCAUUAAAGGGCACCUUGGUAGACACCCUGCGGGAGGUGAGGCCUACUGCGUUUUUGGGAGUUCCUCGUGUCUGGGAAAAAAUGGAAGAAAGAAUGAAAUCUGUUGGUGCAAAAUCAUCAAUGCUUAAAAGAAAAGUGGCAUCCUGGGCCAAGGAAGUCGGGUUACAGACAAACCUGAAGUGGAUGAACGGGUAUUCUGAAGUCCCAGUGAACUUCCGCUUAGCCAGGCACCUGGUAUACAAGAAGGUUCGAAAGGCCAUUGGGCUGGAUCGCUGCACAAAGUGCUACUCAGGAGCCGCUCCAAUUACCAGAGAGACGCUGGAAUUCUUUUUAAGUCUGAACAUUCCUGUGUAUGAACUGUAUGGCAUGAGCGAGAGCUCUGGGCCUCACACAGUCUCUCUACCUCACGCAUUCAGGUUUACCAGCUGUGGAAAGGAAAUGACAGGCUGCCGGACACUGAUCCAUAAGCCAGAUGAAGAUGGCAAUGGGGAGAUCUGCUUUUCAGGAAGGCACAUCUUCAUGGGCUACUUGAACAUGGAAGAGAAAACCAAAGAGGCAAUUGAUGAAGAUGGCUGGCUGCAUUCAGGUGACCUUGGCAAGUGUGAUAAAGAUGGAUUCCUUUACAUCACUGGCAGAAUUAAAGAGCUCAUCAUCACAGCAGGAGGUGAGAACAUUCCUCCCGUUCCAAUUGAGGAUGCUGUAAAAGAGGCCGUUCCCAUCAUUAGCAAUGCAAUGUUGGUUGGAGACAAAGCAAAAUUCCUUGCUAUGCUUCUAACACUAAAGUGCAGCAUAGAUGUAGAAAGUGGGGAGCCAGGAGAUGACCUCACUCCAGAAGCUAUUGAAUACUGCCAAAAACUGGGCAGCAAGGCUACAAAAGUCUCAGAAAUCAUAAGCAGCAAAGACAAGGCUAUCUAUGCAGCUAUCCAGAAGGGAAUUUCAGCAGUCAAUGAGAGAGCUGUCUCAAAUGCUCAGAAAGUCCAGAAGUGGGUCAUUCUGGAGAAGGACUUCUCUCUCUUUGGUGGAGAGCUUGGCCCAACAAUGAAACUGAAGAGACCAGUGGUGGCACAGAAGUAUAAGGACCAAAUUGAUCAGUUCUAUAUGGAUACGCUGACCACAACAGAGAAUGCUCUUAGGCGGUAACAUGGCAGCUUUGUGACGUGGUAGAAACUUCCCUGUUGUGCAAGAGUGCUGUCAGCCUGGGCUUCCCUUGAAGGAGUCACUGGGCUCUGUUGAAAUAAAUGAGGCUUGGCUAUCAUGCAGACUCCCUGAAUUGCUUAGCUGUACGUUUUUUUUGGCCUUCUUACUGCAGUAAGUAUGAUUGUGCCCGGUUUCCUAUGUGUAUAUUCAAAUGCUGAGAUAUUCCUGAAUACCU